AUGGCGAGAGGUCUCAUUCCAUUGUUGUCAAUGAUUCUUGUUCAGUUGGCGUAUGCAGGGAUGAGUAUUACCUCAAAGCUUGCCCUAGAAGGUGGCAUGAACCCUCUUAUCCUUGUUGCUUAUCGUCAAAUCUUUGCCACUAUUGCCAUUGCUCCCUUCACUUAUUGGCUCGAAUGGAAAACAGUUCCGAGGAUGACAAGGCGCGUUAUGCUCCAAAUAGUACUUUCUUCCAUAACAGGAAUAACAGGAAACCAGGUUCUGUUCUUCGUGGGUCUAAAAUAUUCAACUGCCACAGUUGCGUGUGCACUCACCAAUUUGCUCCCAGCUUUUACGUUUGUCCUGGCAGCCAUCUUCAGACAAGAGAGUGUGGGAAUGAAGAGAAAAGCAGGGGUAGCAAAGGUGUUAGGAACAGUAGUGUGUGUAGGUGGAGCACUGCUUUUAUCAUUCUACCACGGCAAAACAAUUGGUAUAGCAGAAUCAAGCAUUCGUUGGAGCUUUGCGGAGAGAAUGGAAGGAAGAAGCAGCUCCAACGGGAACGGAAGCGCGCUUCUGGGUCCUUUUCUUCUUGUGGUUAGUGCCCUUGUUUGGUCACUUUGGUUCAUAAUUCAAGCAGACAUAAGCAAGAAUUUCCCAGCUCCAUAUACGAGCACAAACUACAUGUGUUUCUUGGCCAGCAUCCAGUGUGUCCUUCUUGCCUUGUCUUUUGACCAUACCCCCUCUUCUUGGUCCCUUCAUGAUCCUAUCAGACUUGUCUCUUCUCUUUAUGCGGGGGUAGUUUGCACUGGUCUAGCGUACUGUCUCAUGUCAUGGACCAUUGAGAGGAAAGGUCCUUUAUACGUUUCAGUAUUUAGUCCAUUGCAACUUGUUCUCACUGCUGUUGCUAGCUGGGCAUUGCUUCGGGAGAAACUAUACAUUGGAACUGUGAUAGGGUCUGUGCUGAUAGUUGGAGGGCUAUAUUGUGUUCUAUGGGGAAAGAACAAAGAGAUGAACGAGAUCAUUGCUGAAAAAGAGACAGUCAAGUACAACGAGAGUAAUGCAAAGAAUAGUGAUUUGGAGUUACCAUCUUACAUACCAUCCAACAAUGGUAAUCAUCGUGUAAUUGUGGAUGUUGCUUAAUAUAUAUACACAUAGACACAACUACCCAUUAAGGGGAUUGAGGAUCGGAGAUCAUA